UUGCAAAGAGUUCUACGUACAAGAGAGCAGAACGACAAUGUGCGUUGAAGAGAGAGUGGACUCUCAGAGAAAAAGAAGAACCACUCAAACAUGGUCGCUAACAGUGGUCAUAUCGUAUAAAUUUGACGCUUAACGGGAUUAAUAUGCCCAGCGCCAGCGUGUCCGUGCGGAGUUUAUCCGAAGUGGAGAAACACCUCAGUAGCCGGAUGGACCGGAGUGCCGAGGGCAGCUUUCUUAGCCUAUCAACGGCCAUGCGUCGAGGUUCUUCGGAGAACAAUCUAGAUUUGGACCUGAAUGAAGCUGCUCCUUCUCCCUCUCUAGCCUUUGAAGUCCAACGCAGCCGCUCCUGCUUGGACAACCUCCAGCAGAAGAUACUAAAAGUGACUGAGCAGCUGAAGAUCGAGCAAACUGUGCGGGAUGACAAUGUGGCUGAGUACCUGAAACUUGUGAACAGUGCGGACAAGCAGCAGGUGGGCCGCAUCAAGCAAGUGUUUGAGAAGAAAAACCAGAAAUCGGCACAUAACAUCGCCCAAAUGCAGAAGAAGCUAGAGCAGUACCACCGCAAGAUGAAGGACAGCGAACUCCAGCACACCCCGUCGCCUCAACCGUCCAGCGGCAAGCACAGCACAAUCCCCAGAGAGUCCCGCCGGGAGCUUUUGAGGGACAUGACAGGGAGCGGUCGUCAUCCGACCAUGGACAAGAUCAAGACCAUUGGCCCCGGCGUUUCCCUAUCGCCUCCUUUCUUCUUCAGCAAACCCAGAGAGUUCGCCAACCUCAUCAGGAACAGGUUUGGCAGCGCUGACAACAUUGCCCAAAUGAAGACCUCAAUGGACGUUUCCCCGCCGCUGCCAGAUGAAACGGCGACAAAGACUCUUAGCAGUAGCACCUCACUGGUGGGAAAACCCAAGUAUCCCAGCGAUGACGAGUGCUCCUUGGAGAGCGCUUCCAAUUCAGCGGACAGUAAUGGACUCACAGCUCAGGGCCAGCAGGUCGGCGGCGAAGCCCAUAGUGGCCUGGCAAUGAGUCUGGAGGAGGCCAGGGUCAUUAAAGAUGCACAAAACCAACUAGAGGAGGACAUGGAGGCGAUCAAGGCCCAGUUCCAAAAGGACUAUGCGGUCAUCAACCAAACACUGCAAGAGGAGCGUUACAGGUAUGCACGCUUGGAGGAUCAAUUGAACGACCUGACGGAACUUCACCAACAUGAGAUGACUGACCUGAAGCAAGAACUUGCCAGUAUUGAGGAGCGGGUGGCCUAUCAGGCCCAAGAGAGAGCCCGGGACAUUCAGGAAGCUCUGGAGUCAUGUCAGACGCGCGUGUCCAAGCUGGAGUUCCAGCAACAGCAGCAGCAGCAGACAGUGCAGCUGGAGAGCGGCGAUGCCCGCGUUCUUCUGGGUCGCAGCAUCAACAUCAUGCUGGCCAUCAUCACCGUCAUCCUCGUGUGCGUCUCCACCGCUGCCAAGUUUGCCGCCCCGCUCAUGAGGAGCCGCCAGCACGUGGUGGCUACGUUCCUGGGCGUCUUUUUCCUCACCGUAUUUUGGAAGAACUGGGAGCGCUUGCAAUACGCCAUAGACAGAAUGCUGGUGCCAGUCUAACAACGAUGUUGACAACAAAUCAGCUGUCAGACAAUUGGUUGUACAAUCGUCUGCAAGUUAGUCUUGUUUUUAGAUUCUGCCUGAAAUUCUUAUUUCUUUGACGUGAAUCAGUCUACCUAACUAUCUCAUUAACCUCAAUCGUUCUUUUUACAGAAUAUUAUACAGUGAACCCCCUUUAAUUGCAGCUGUGACACGUGAACUCUCUAAAUUGUUUUAAAAAAUAGAAUUACUGUAGUUGUUCCCUACAAAUUUAAAUGAUGAAAAAAUAAUUCCAAAUCGUUCCUUAGCGUCUGUGCUGACUCCCGCGCCAUGAAGCAAGGGCAAACUAUCAUAUAACAAUAAUUUUGAAAAAAUACACUCGCGAGGUUAUUCCAAUAGGAGGCCAAAAUGUGAAAAUAUAAGAAGAUGUGUGUAGGUUUACAGGAAAUACUGUGUAAGUUUACAGGAAAUACCGGUAAAUUUAAAUGUUUUAUGUAAAAACUUGAGAAAUCAAUGAAAUAAAAGCACAAUUCAUAUUAAAGUAUCAAAAGCUGGGGAAUAUUGUUUAGCGAAGUGUACUUAAGCAGAAAUGAAUUCUUUGACCAUGAGAGAGCCAAAAAUGCACAAUAUAGUGGUUCACUCUAAUAACCCAAUGCCAACAGAAGGAUAGACUAAAAUAAGUAAGGAAGAAAACUAAAAAAUUUAUGUCACUAAUAAAUAGCCUUGAAGGAAUAUGUAUAAUAUGGCUGCCUUGCAGACUUUAAUGCUAAAACACAAUGCCACCAAGGAGUUGACACUUGUAGUUCCUUUUAUUCACGCUCAUGGGACACACAAGUAUUAAUACAGUGGGGCAAAUAAGUAUAUAGUCAACCACUAAUUGUGCAAAUUCUCCCACUUGAAAAUAUUAGAGAGGCCUGUAAUUGUCAACAUGGGUAAACCUCAACCAUGAGAGACAGAAUGUGGAAAAAAAAACAAAUUCAAAAAAAAGUUCAUCUCAAUUCUUUGUUGUGUACCCUUUGUUGGCAGUAACGGAGGCUAAACGUUUUCUGUAACUCUUCACAAGCUUUUCACACACUGUUGCUGGUAUUUUGGCCCAUUCCUUCAUGCAGAUCUCCUCUAGAGCAGUGGUGUUUUGGGCUGUCGUUGGGCAACACAGACUUUCAACUCCCUCCACAGAUUUUCUAUGGGGUUCAGAUCUGGAGACUGACUAGGUCACUCCAGGACCUUGAAAUGCUUCUUAAGAAGCCACUCCUUUGUUGCCCUGGCUGUAAUGCUUCUUAAGAAGCCACUCCUUUGUUGCCCUGGGUGUAAUGCUUCUUAAGAAGCCACUCCUUUGUUGCCCUGGCUGUGUGUUUGGGAUCAUUGUCAUGCUGAAAGACUCAGCCACGUCUCAUCUUCAAUACCCUUGCUGAUGGAAGGAGAUUUUCACUCAAAAUCUCUCGAUAGAUGGCCCCAUUCAUUCUUUCCUUUACACGGAUCAGUCGUCCUGGUCCCUUUGCAGAAAAACAGCCCCCUUCACAGUGGGUAUGGUGUUCUUCGGAUGCAAUUCAGUAUUCUUUCUCCUCCAAACACGAGAACCUGUCUUUCUACCAAAAAGUUCUAUUUUGGUUUCAUCUGACCAUAACACAUUCUCUGAGUCCUCUUCUGGAUCAUCCAAAUGCUCUCUAGCUAACCGCAGACGGGCCUGGACGUGUACUUUCUUCAGCAGGGGGACACGUCUGGCACUGCAGGAUUUGAGUCCCUGGCGGGGCACUGUGUUACUGAUAGUAGCUUUUGUUACUGUGGUCCCAGCUCUCUGUAGGUCAGGGGUGGGCAAACCGGUCCUCGAGGGCCGCAGUGGGUCCUGGUCUUUGUUCCAACUGACCCAGCACAGAUAGUAUAACCAGUGAGGUUUCAGCAGAAAUGAGAAGCACCUGACUGCAAUCGACUGAUUGCACUUGUAAAACAGCAGAUUGGUGAAAAUGUGUCCUCUUAAUGGGUUGCAACAAAAACCCGCACCCACUGCGGCCCUUUGUGGAAUAGUUUGCCCACCCCUGCUGUACGUCAUUCACUAGGUCUCCCCCGUGUGGUUCUGGGAUUUUUGCUCACCGUUCUUGUUAUCAUUUUGACACCACUGGGUCAGAUCUUGCAUGGAGCCCCAGAUCGAGGGAGAUUAUCUGUGGUCUUGGGUGUCUUCCAUUUUCUAAUAAUUGCUCCCACAGUUGAUCUCUUUACACCAAUUGUUUUACCUAUUGCAGAUUCGGUCUUCCCAGGCUGGUGCAGGUCUACAAUUUUGUCUCUUGUGUCCUUCGACAGCUCUUUGGUCUUGGCCAUAGUGGAAUUUGGAGUGUGACUGACUGAGGUUGUGGACAGGUGUCUUUUAUACCGAUAAUGAUUUAAAACAGGUGCCAUUAAUACAGGUAACAAGUGGAGCCUCGCUAGAAGAAGUUAGACCUCUUUGACAGCCAGAAAUCUUGCUUGUUUGUAGGUGACCAAAUACUUAUUUUCCACUCUAAUUUGGAAAUAAAUUCUUUAAAAAUCAAACAAUGUGAUUUUCUGUUUUUGUUUUUCCACAUUCUGGUUGAGGUUUACCCAUGUUGACAAUUACAGGCCUCUCGAAUCUUUUCAAGUAGGAGAACUUGCACAAUUGAUGGUUGACUAAAUACUUAUUUGCCCCACUGUAGCUCCGACGGAACAGUUGCAUCACUGGAGCUGCCUUUGCAAAGGCAUUACAAAUAACUCGAACUGAUUAAAUAAUAAUGCUAUGGAAUAUUUCUAUUUAUCGAUGAAUUAUAAAUUCAAUGAUUCAUUUACUGGCUUUGCCCGUAACAUGUUUAAAAAUAGGGCAAAGUGUUGAUCGUUGAUUUUCAAAGUAAAAGCAGAUGUUUGCUAACUCUCAUCAGAUCCCUUUCCAAUUAAAUCAUUGGCUCCCUUAGAUGGUGAUAUUGGUACAUUCCAUUCUCACUUGAAAGACUGGCAGUGAUCAAUCACAAAUUGAGCUACAAGAGAGGGCUUACUCUUAAUUUUGGCUGCCAAUGACAACGGUAGACGUCCAAUUCAUUUUGACCGGGAGGGCUGACGGAUCAUUCGCGCAUUGAUUUUUUGGCUUGACAUUCAGAAUCUAGUGUCUUGGUGCUUAACUUGGGUGUAGAAAAAUGGCAAUCUUGUCUGUUUUAGCAAUAAUACCUUUACUAACAACAACAAUGUUCAACUACACAUUCAAGUGAAGCUGAUGAAAUGUCCAGUGAGUGUAUUUUCCUCCUUUGUAAAAGUUGCACAUAUUUAAGGUUCUGGGUUGGAAUCUUAGCUUGUGGUACUGAUAUCUGCGUGGGUUUUCUCCAGGUACUCCCACAUUCCCAAACAAUCGUCCAUAUGUGUGAAUUUGAUAGCCUGUUUGUUCUGUGUGAUUGACUAGCAACCAGUCCAAGAUGAGCGCUGUUUUUUUUUUUUUUUUUUUGGUCUUUUGAACUUUUCAACCUGUUUUUGAUUUUAAGUGCAAUAUACUGCAAGCAAAAUGUUAUGUUAUAUUGGGCCUUGGGAUGAAGGAAAAUAUGAGGUCAAAAUGCAUUUUAGGUUCAUCCUGAGAUUCCAAAGCCUAUACUCUUUCUUUUUAUGAAUAGCACAUUCUUGAUUAGUUUUUUUUUUUUUUUUUGUAAGCUUUCUUAGAAGAGCGUGUGCUGUAUCGUUUGAGUGUUACUACUGGUGGCUAAGGAUGCAUCGGCCCUAAAAUAUUUGUACUUCAAGCUCCUGCUCAGCUCUGAUAAGACCACAUUUUGGCUCUACAGGGUCAGAACAUCGAUCCAGGCAUGCUCAAGUCACCCUCCCUUUUUUCAUUUUCAUCCCCCCUCAAGCAGGCACACUCAGCACAGUGGCUUACUUUCUAUUUUGUACUAAUAUGUGAAUUAUGGGUGAGGGGUUAUACUGUGAUAGUGUUUUUCAGACUCAAAACAUCCAUGACAGAUGAUUCAAGCGCAUUCCACAUUGAGCACUGCAAUGAACAUAAUAUUGUGCAGAGGUGGCAAAUGUUUAGCGUAACAAGUUUGAAAUUGUCCCAAAAAUGAAAAUCAAGUACCAAUAUUGGCAAGUCUUCGUUGUCAGAAUUUGCUUCCCUAAGCAUUUUUUCCAUUGUUUACUUGCCAUUUCUGUCUGUGCUAUAACUCCUGUUUACCUUUUAAUUGUCUUUUCAAAUUCUGGUCUACUGACUGAAUCUAGGUUUUGAGCCACACUUUGUGGUCCCAAUAUUAAGUGCACCUAAAUAACACUCAAAUCAGUUAAGUAAAAUAAAACUGUCACUGUCACAAUAAUGUUACCUGCCAAUCAAAUGUAUGUCCUGCAAAUUUUGUGGCUUCAAUACACUGGUGAACAUAAUCGAAUGGCCCAGAGAGUGGACAAAUAUGGUUUACAUGACCCUUUCACCUGUGGUGCCCUGUGACCAAUCAUUUUUUAUUUUUGUGCAUUUGAUGUGCCUUUGUCUUACAAUGAUUGUUAAAUUAAAAACUUUUUAAUCAGCGUUAUGGUAUAUUUUUUGUAAAUUUUUUAAGUGUAUUGUCACAGCAUUCGAAAAUGUAAGACUUGAAACGCUUACACAAUACUGCUGAAGGGGGGCCUGCAAUGACGUCACCCCUACGGUCAUGGGUCUCCUUAUGUACACUGGAGGGCGCCAUAGAAGCAAAAAUAAAACCCAGGAAUUUCAACACUUCAUUUACAGGUGUGUCGAAACCGUAUGGCUGUAAUGUAUGGAAUCACAGGAGUGCCAAAAUAAAAUAAUAAAAAUAAGGAGAAAUAAAUA